AUGGGAAACUUCUCGCCAAAAGUCCCACUACGGUCAUCCCGUCUCAAGUCUGAGAUCCCAAAGUUCUCCGAGUUUGGUGUCGUCUGGUUCCCAUUUCUAGGCCAGCCCCACCCACUCAAUGACUAUGCCUUUGCCUCGUCAACAAAUACAGAGUAUGUCCCCACAGACUUUGCCCCCAAAUAUGACCCAGAAAUCGACCUCUACUAUUUCAUGCUAGAGCUUUAUACCUACGUAACCAAGGCUCCAGGUGGCAAAAUUACAAAAACCCAACUCUCUAGAACCCUCAACUCAAAACUCCCCGUCGAUUGGAUCCUCCGUUCAGGUGCUCUCUCCACAAUCAACCGUAUCAUGCGCACCCGCUAUACCUUAGACAUGCGUGCGCGUGACUAUGAGCGCUUCAAAAACUCCUUUGAAUUCUAUAAUCACUUUUCCGCCUACUCGGCCCAGCUCGCAGAGUUUUUAUCAAAACCAGGCGGCAAACUCGAGGUUUGGCUUCUCAGUGUUCACCCAGAAGUCCGCGAGCAACUCAUGCUCAAGUACGCAGAACACUUUAACGUCGGUGGCCAUCCUAUCUAUGACCCAACUACACAAGUAGAACAGCAUCAGUGGCUUGUAAAAAGCCUCGAAGCAUCUUCUCUUGAUGUUCAUAAGGCAAUCCGUCAACGCGAAAAGGCAAAAUACCUAACACCACGGAAACAGACCUCAUCUUCUACAACCUCAGACUCAACCUCAUCUUCCACAUCUUCCACAAUUGAUACCCCAGAUUUCAUCGAUGACUACGACCUCUUUGAUAAGGACAUUGAGGCUGGCGCUAAACUAGACACUGGCGAUGGCGAGGUCAUUGAUGGCGUCGUCCGUAAGUUCCCUACCCGACCCUGCCAGGUCAUGAGUAUCGACUAUCUUCCUGGCUUUGUUGACCAUGGAGAUGGCUUUGACCGUCUUCUCAUGGUCCAAGACCGAUUUACAAAGGGUCUUUUCCUUGAAGCUGUUUCUAGCUCAGAUACUCCAGCAGGUUACUGGACACACUUCAGUGCCAUCUGCACCCGUGCAGGCGGCUUCCCGGAACAACUCAUUUCCUCGGGCCGCCGCACUCGCUUCAAGGGCGAGUUUGAUGCUCUCUGCAUAGAACACAAGAUUAAGCAUCUACGCACCUCUGCAUUCCGCCCACAAAUUGGUGGUGGCCUCCAGCCUGCGAAAAAACGUGUUACACGGUUCUUUAAAGAAAAAACUAGAGACAACAAGAGUGCAGAAGUGCUUUGGACUCAGGUAGUAAAGGACUGUGAAACUGAUUUUAACUCUCAUGUCAAUCCUGUUAGCAGAGUCACUCCUUACUACUGCAUGUAUGGCCAAGACAAACCACCGCCAAUUAACAAUGAUACCCCUCCUGCCCAGCUCAACAAAAUCGAUCCAGGAGACCUGCUUCAAACCACCUGGAAACGCGUGUUUUACCGUCUCAAGGCCCACGCAGAUAGCGCAACUGCAUCCUACCAGCGCCGCGCAUCUGCAGAUCCCGUCACCCUCGCCAUCCCCACUGACGCAGCUACUGCCCCAGUCCCAUCACUCUCGCCCACAGCAGCAAAGGAGGCAACGGCAGCUGCUAUUGCUGCAGCAAACACCCGCGCAGCUGCUGCCGCCGCAGCAUCUCCAAAGGGUGGUUCUCCACGGAGGACAUCUAAACGAUUCAAUCAGGCGACUGCUGCUGCUGCUGCUGUUGCUACUGUUUCUGCAUCCCCCUCGUCUCCUAUUGCUGGUACUGAAGAAGAUGGUGAAAAGUCUAGUGAAAAACAACAAGGCACCACACAAGAGUUCCUCAUACAAACGUCAGAACUAGAUAACUCCAACCAAGUAGAUGAUGGCCAUGGUGUCCAAGAAGAAGGUACUGAAAGUCUUGUGAACACACCGGCAACAUCGGCUCCUGCGACUCCGAAGAGUAGCCGUAGCACCCAGUACCAGAAACGUCUGGACGACGACGUAUCUGUGGCUGAUGAUGAUACGUCGUUUAUUGUAGAAGACGUGCCAGUAUCUGAAGGUGUUCUAUUGACUCCUGUGACAACAACCGCCGAAGAUGAUCUAGAGGAAUUGGAUGAUGAUGAAGAAGAAGAAGAAGAAGAAAUUGAUGACGAUGAUGAUGAGAUUGUUAUUGUAAAGCAGGUUUGCUCGUCUCGCAUCCCCGACAUGCCUUCGACGCCUACUAAAGCUUCUCGAGUUGAUGGGUUCCUGGCUUCUGCGGCCGCUGCGGCUGCGGCCGACGUGCCAGCUACUCCAACCACGGCCACCGUGGCUGCUCUGUAA